CCUGCCUGCGCCUGCCGCGAAAGAGCGGGCAAGUUUCUGGGAUGGGGGAAACUUUCGGAGUUCCCGUCAUGCACCGGGGGUUGACCAAAGUGGGGCGAGACGCGUUCGGAGGCGGCUGAGGCCUGUUCUGGGAACUCUUGAAGAGGAGUAUGAAUGUUUCUGAGACUGGGUUCAGCGGUUCUUCACUAGCAUCUCAGGUUCAUGCUGCUGCUGUUAACGGACACAAGAGUACUCUUCUAAAGCAAAUCGCAGAAAACCCAGAUCUGAAAGACAAAGAGGACCAAUUUGGGAGAACGCCACUCAUGUACUGUGUGUUGGCCGAUAGAUUGGACUGUGCCGAGGCUUUGCUGAAGACGGGAAUAGAUGUAAAUAAAGCUGAUUGUAGCCAGAGGACAGCUCUCCACCUUGCUGCACAAAAGGGCAACUAUCGCUUUAUGAAACUUCUACUUGCGCGUAGAGCAGACUGGUUGAAGAAGGAUUUGGAAGAAAUUACGCCUUUGCAUUUAACUACCCGGCACAAGAGUACAAAAUGCCUAGUUCUGUUGCUAAAAUACAUGGCACCAGGAGAGAUCGAUACACAGGACAAAAAUAAGCAAACUGCUCUUCACUGGAGUGCUUAUUACAAUAAUCCGGAGCAUGUGAAACUUUUAAUCAAACAUGACUCUAAUAUUGGGAUCCCAGAUGUUGAAGGCAAAAUCCCACUUCACUGGGCGGCAAACCACAAGGACCCAAGUGCUCUUCACACGGUCAGAUGCAUUUUGGAUGCUGCUCCCACUGAGUCUUUGUUGAACUGGCAAGACUACGAAGGACGAACGGCGCUCCAUUUCGCAGUUGCUGACGGGAACGUGGCUCUGGUUGAUUUGUUGACGUCCUAUGAAGGCUGCAACGUGACUUCUUACGACAACUUAUUUCGAACACCGCUUCAUUGGGCAGCUUUACUGGGUCACACACAGAUUGUCCACCUUCUUUUAGAAAGAAACAAGUCUGGGACCAUCCCAUCUGACAGCCAAGGAGCAACCCCUUUACAUUACGCAGCGCAGAGCAACUUUGCACCUGUCCUCUGGAUCGGGCGCAUCCAGAGACAACAGCUGCGUCCUAGACACUCUCGUCCGACGGAACACCGGGGAUUUCAGGCUGCUCCAGUAGGGGGGGGGCCUACGACCAAGCACCUAAAGGGGUUCUCCCCCAAAGGGGAGAAGACCAGCAAAGGCCCGGCCCCCAAGCCUUCUCCACCCUUAAGCAAAAAACUAUCCCUUGUUACAGGGGGCACGGACCUCCUUUCGCUUUCCGGAGCCCGCCGCAGACACCCCAACAAUGUGGGCGGCAUCCUGCAGGAACGGCUCACGAGGGCAGCCGCGACGCCACGGGCCUUUACGCCCCAAGAGCAUCCUUCCGCCCCACUCCACAGCCCGGAGGCCCAGGUGGAACCCCAGGGUGCGGAGCCUCAGCACGGGCCAUCGACGGCGGGUCCGAAGCGGCCUGAUCAGUGGCCGCCGGGACACAUUUGGGCGCCUCGGGAGGAGCAGGUCGCGACCGAAACCCCUAGGAAAUCGGGCGACGGAAGCCAUCGCCUCCCCAUGGUCAAGUGGAGAGCUCGAAACAGAGCGCCGGCGCCCACUGCCCCUCACGCUCUCACCAUCUUCGCCGGCCGACGGGGCAGCGUGCCGGCUUCACUGCAUUUCAACGAAUGGUCAAUGGCAGACCGGCUUUUACACUUCCAAGCUCUCCACACGCUCAACGGAGCGAGGCUUCGCCCUACGGCCAUCCUGGCCUUUUCAAAUUUUCCCCAACCUUUCAACCUUCUGGUCGACUUCCCUGAUUACUGCAUCUCCCCGCCUGCCUAUCUGCCGCCGGACUUCUGCCCACCUUCGCCAGUUACCUACCCAGGCUCCACCCCAGGAAGCCCGGACACCGCCGCCAUCGCCUCCCACCCGCUUCUCAAUCCCUCCUGCCGGCUCGGGAGCGCGACCGCCCUCUCCGGCCGGAGCCCGCCCUUCCUCGCCGAAUUUCCCUUUGUGGGCGGGGGCAGAGUGGACCUGGUUGACCAAGAUGGUCAUUCUCCCUUACACUGGGCAGCACUAGGAGGAAACCCCGACGUUUGCCAGAUAUUGAUAGAAAAUAAAAUCAAUCCUAAUGUGCAGGAUUAUUCAGGCAGGACUCCCUUGCAGUGCGCCGCCUAUGGGGGCUACAUUAAUUGCAUGGUGGUGCUCCUGGAGAACAAGGCCGAUCCAAACGUUCAAGAUAAAGAGGGAAGGACUGCGCUACAUUGGUUAUGUAACAACGGCUACCUUGAUGCUAUAAAGCUACUGCUGGGGUUUGGUGCCUUUCCCAAUCAUAUGGAGAACAAUGAAGAAAGAUACACUCCACUUGAUUACGCGCUGCUUGGCGCUCAUCAUGAAGUCAUUCAGUUCAUGCUGGAGCGAGGUGCCUUAUCCAUCGCUGCUAUACAGGACAUUGCAGCUGUCAAAAUCCAGGCCGUCUACAAAGGAUACAAAGUCCGAAAAGCUUUCCAUGAUAGGAAAAACCUCCUAAUGAAGCAUGAACAGCUGAGGAAAGAUGCUGCUGCCAAGAAACGUGAGGAAGAAAAUAGAAGGAAAGCCACUGAGUUGCAGAAAGCAGUUAAGGGCUUCGAAGUCCACAGGAUCCCCUUGCCGCAAGAGGAUCAGCAACGCCUUUCGGGAAAAGAGGUAGAACCACAGUUUCACGUCCCGCGAUCCCCCGUUCGGCCAGGUGGGACUCAUAAAAAAAGGCCUUCUUCCAGCAGCGUUUUUCAAGAUCGAGCUGAAAGAAGCAGGAAAGACUCGGCUACAAUCUUGCCGAACAAGGAGACCGCCCAGAAUAAAUGUCACCCCACCGAACAGCUUGGUGAAGAUCACAAAAGGAAAAGAGAGCUUUCCAAGGCAAACUGCAAAAGCAAACCUGCCUGUAUCACUUCUCAUCCCAUUAAGGAAAAAGAUGGAACCAAGCAUCAGGUUGUAGCGAAGCAUCGAACUGCACUGCCUGCCGCUGACAGGGAUGGUGGAAAACACAAGGAAGCGCUCGCAAAAGCAAACGGCGCCUCCGCGCUUGCCAGCAAAAGGCACAACCUCAGUGGUAAAGCUGCCAGCUCCAGGGAGAAAUCAGAAAAUCAAAGUCAGUCGAUAAGCAGCAGCAGCAGCCAUUGUGAAGAAACACCAGCGUGUGUUCCAAACAGUAACUUCACUAAUAGAAGCGCCAAGAAUCCGAAGCAGCGUGAAGCGGCACUUAAAGGCGAUGCGGAGCCGCUGAAAGCAAAAAGCAAAGAGUUAAAUGCAGAGAGAUGGUCCCCCGCUGGCUCCAGCAGGCCAGGAAGCUCCAAGUCAGGAAGUGGGCACAUCAGAAGGGAUCCUGCGAGGGCUGCCCUUAUACAAACCAACAAGUCGGCAAAUGAUGCCAUGACCAGAAAGGCCUGCUGCCCUUUGCCGCAUAACAACAAAGGGGCUGCUGGGUUUGUCCCCAACAGACUGUCAGCGGACAGUGUCUCCAGAGACGGUACUAAACUGAGCAAGCAAGUUCUGACCACGUCCUGCCCCGCACAAGACCCAGUAGAGUCUCUUUGGCACAAAAGCACAAACGUUGAACAUCUUCCAGUAGCGAUCCGGAUGCAGGUCAUCGAGAAAGAAAGGGCAAGAAAAGAACUGUUCCGGAAGAAGAACUGCGCCGCUGCCGUCAUUCAAAGGUCCUGGAGAAGCUACCAGUUAAGGAGGCGGUUCCGCCGGCUUCUCAGUACUACGCAUCAGUGCAAGGAAGAUGAAGACAAAUGGCGCCAAGAGACAGCUGCCUUUUGCAUUGAAGUCGCUUGGAAAAAGCAGUUGAACCGUACCCCAUUGAAACCACUUUCCCUGGGCAAAAACUUAAAAUCCAUGGACAAAAGCUGCUCAGCUGUAAAUUCCACUUUCAAGCCAUCCACCCUGAAGCAGAUAUACGGGCGCUCUCAAGAGGCAAGAGUGUAUCAUCCCACCGGACCUCCAUCCUCAAAGCAUAAAGCUUCUGAACUACAGAUGCUAUCAGCAACUGGAUUGCAGUAUGUGUGUGUGCUGGAAAACACAGGGAAAUUUAAGCAGUAUUCCUAUAACCUGGAGACUCCCUCCACACCGCUUUCAAAACAAAGCAACGCCAGAGCCUGAGAAGGCAUGAAAAGCAAGACUGAAACUAUAGCCCGUUAAAAGGAAAAUCACCAAUUCCUACAUGUGGAUCGUUCAGCUGAUUCCCUUGAAAAAAACAACGCUUAUCUAUUCCAGUAAGUUAUGCUACCUAAAUGACCGUAAAUAAUGUCAUGCUCAGGAGGAUGCGGAAGUCCAUUAGUCUAUACAAUAUUUGAACGCUUUUCAUGUCAGUUAAAUCCCACUCAUCACCCCCCUGGUUCACACACAGCCAUUAUCAUCGACACGCUGGGCCAGCUGAGAGCAGUGGUGAGCAUCUUUUGGAGCAGGAAAGAGCUGCUCUAGGCCCAGAAGCUGCUGGUCACCGGGGCUACAUAUCCACACAUCAGGCAGGCACACAGGCUGCACAAAGACCCACAAAAUGACCUGGCUGCCCAAGUGACAGAAAAGCCUGCGAUUUAUGGGUGCUUCGCAGGAGCGUGAGAGGAACCUCAUGAGCUUCAAAGAGGGGAGAAGGGAGCCACAGAAAGGAGGCAGUGGAAGUGCUGGGGGGGGGGGGGGGGCUGCAAACCCCUUUAUGCCAUUCCUGAGACUAGGACUGUCCAGAGUGACCAAGCAAGCAGAAGCAGUUUCCUUGGCCGCCUCGACUGAGCAACAAACGCUGGAACCUUCUUCUCUGUUCAGAUGUGAAAACGAGAGCCACCGCUCAAAGUCCGAAUACAUGAUUUAUUUGCUCUGUUGAAACCUGGGUAUUGUGCUAGAUCAGAAAGCAGUUGACUCUAGGCUUGAUGGACAAUAUAAAACCUUAUUGUGCUCUGCUUGUUUGGCCUUUCCAGAGCAAGCAAUUUUGAACCAGUCGCAUUUAAGGUAAUCUAUAUGUCACCAACUCCACUGGAACAGAGGACGCUGCUUUACACUGACCCAGACCGCUGUUGUCUCUUGUCUAGGGUGGGGUCUACUCCGAGGGGCCGCAGCUCUCCGCCCUCUCGUGUUUCCCAGUCCAGCUACUUCAGAGCCUUUUCAGAGGCAGCCAUCUCAUGGGCCUUGAAGCACUGAACUGGGAGGGCAAUACAACAACUGCCCCUCUUUAGGCCCUCCCCUGGUCUAUGUACCCCGUUUCCCCUAAUAUAAGACAUCCCCAAAAAAAUAAGACAUAGAGGUUUUGCUGAAGUGCGAAAUAUAAGGCAUCCCCCGAAAGUAAGACGUAGCAAAGUUUUUGUUUGGAAGCAUGCCCGACGAACAGAACACAGAAAAAUAAGACAUCCCCUGAAAAUAAGACAUAGCGCAUCUUUGGGAGCAAAAAUUAAUAUAAGACACUGUCUUAUAUUCGGGGAAACACGGUAGCUGGUGCUCAGAUCUGCAAGGGGGCAUUUUGCUACGGAUGAAGGGGCAUGCCUUACAUGACCGUCAAGUUGAAAUGGCUGCUUGAUGUAGUAGCAUAAAAAGUUAACACCUUCUUAGAAAAAUAUUGGAAUGUCCAUUUCUUUAACAAUCUAUACAAAGCUUCACAAACUAGGCAUUCAGAUUGUCUUCUCUUCAGAAACUGGGAUUGGCCUUUACUGAUGCCCAUGGCAACAGGUUGCUUUUCAAAAGCAAUGCUCAGGACCAACGGUUUCUAAAUUUCUCUACUAGGACAACAAAAGUAGCUUUUUUGGGUACCAAAAUGCAAACAGAUUUAAGAAACUUACUUUAAUUUUCACCAUAAAAAAAAAGAAGAUAUUCCGCAUCUGUAACAGAAACAAAACGCUUUCGGCUAAAUGAAAAAGUUUCCCUUUAAUACGCUGUGUUAACUGCACCGGCUCCUUGCGGGUGUGAGGCGAGGCAUAUGUUGAAAUAGUAAUGAAGGUCUGUCAGCCACUGCUCCUGGGCAUCACCGCUCUUCAACGCCUGUCAAUCAAAACACAUUCUUAUAGCUUGGAGUUUUCACACUAUGCAGCUCAAUGCUCCGUUUCAGAGCAAACAGUGUCUUUUCAGCGUACUGGAGGAAACAGGCUAAUUUAUUAGACCACGUAACAGUAAAGUCCUCAAAAAGUAACCUGGUUCUUUUAUGAUUCAGUCAGACUCUAGGAAAAGGGCAGGCUGGCGUGGGUGGAGUCCUGUGUGUGAGAGGAUCCAACCUUGUGGCUAGUUAAUAAAACAUUAUAGAAAAGUCUAAAUGCUCUGAAGUCGCAACCAGUUCAAAUUUUUCUACCUGGAGACCUGUGCUGCUGGUUGGUUCUUUUAAAAUCAAUCUGUAAAUAAAUAAAACUUAGUUGUUUAUAUAUUAA